AUGCGUAUUUCUUCCACGCUGAACCGUGGCGCAGGCGGGCGGAUUCACAUCGGCGCCUUUCCACAUGGGGGACUCUUUGUCACUCCUGUGGCAACGGCCGCUGCCACCAUUCGCGCUUCCGGUGCCGUAGCGCUGCCUAGCUCGGAGAGCUGCGUGAAAAGACAUCCGAAAGGGGAAGUACUUGCCCAGCCGAGGACCUUUCCCAAGGACGACAACAAUGGUACAGCCCGUGGUGAAGAAGGCACAUUCUGUAGCUGGUCGAUCCAAUCAGCCUUGCAGGCGGCUUACCCGCCUUUACCCUUGGUGACUGCCUUCUACGGUCACCGCGCGCGUCUGCUGCCUCCUCGAUAUUUCUACCAACGCGAUCUGCUUUCUGUCUCGGACCACGGGUGCACCACGAGUCCAGCAGCAGCACGAGGAGGAAGCGCGACGGUGUCCGUGGGGAGCGCUCGCAUUACAAACUGGGGCAGUGAAGGUGAUGGUAGCGGUGCCGCGCUGCUGCUACUGUACGACGUUGCUACUCUGCCGUGGGCAGCAGGCGCAGGCCUCACUCUCACGCUGCGAAACGCCGUGUUGUCUGCUCAUGAUGAUAUGGCGCGGCAGGAGACGCUGGCGGCUUCUGGCAUCAAGGAAAAUGGCGGCGAGCAUAGCAGGCCGUCGAGCGCUUCUCCAGUGACAGCGCGCGUAGGUAGUGGGGCAGCAGAGCAUCGCCGCACCCUUUCCAUCGCCACCAUGAAGUUUUCCCCCGCACAGUCCGAGGCAGAAGGCGAGGACAAAAAGAACGCAGCCACCUCUUCGAGUACCGCCACUGACGCUGGCGACCACACUGACAGGACGGUGUGGCAGCUUUUCAGUGAGUACAGAAAACCACAGGCCUGUGCGGAGGCGUCGGCGCUUGCACUGUGCUCGUUUGCUGUCGUGAAACUUGGUCAGCGGGUGCCGCUUGUAGCUCUUGUUGCUGAGAAGGCGUGCAGUGCGGGUACGACAUUCUCUUCCCUCACUGAGCCCUGUACUACCCAUCGAACUAGCGCGAUGUAUGACCAACAGCGCUCAAACACCCCCGCCUGGCUUCCGCCGCGCACAGCUGUGCAUCGUAUGCCGGUGGAGGUGUACGCGGAGCGCACCCCAUUGAUGCAGACGGCUGGCACCGCUGCCUUGCAGCGUGCACUUCGACAAGCGCUAAACCGCGUCUUGCCAGCGUCACCGCGGCCCUCACCACUGCCGUUAUUUGGAAGAUUGCGGUGGUGCAUAUCACCGCUGGCGCAUCUCAUCUGGAACGGGCGGUGCUGGGUGGAGGAAACAGAUGUGCAGGUGGCGGAGAUGGAGGAGCGGCUCCUCGGCGCACUGAUGGGGGGCUGUGAUGUCCAUGCGGUUGUUGCUACUGCUGACGCAGUACGAUCAGCAGCGAGCAGGAGCACCACCAUGUGCGGCACGCCUGCUAUGCGGAGUGACACUUACGACAGUGGCGUCGCAGGUCGGUUGGCAGCACUCCGAACGGACUUGAAUGCCCAGGGGUCUUCACAUCCGCGGUUCUGGCUGCCGAGCUGCUGGUAUCAUGCCGGCAGCUCUCGUGGCGUCUUGACGCCUCUUUUUCGGGAGCACGACGACGGCAAUGCAGGGAUCGGUACUCUAUGUGGCCUUCCAGGGGCCACUGCUGCGCCGGCCGCCUCAUGGUGCGGGCCUUCCAGCAGCCCGCAUGUAGUCUGGAGGCGCACCAACCACUGUACACAAGUGGCAGACGAGGCAGUAGAAGCAGCAGCUGCUGCAGUCAGAGCACCGGUGGCACUCGCGGGUGGCGCACGGAAGCCCCCGGCAAUACCCUGUAGCCAGUGGUUGUUGCGCUUGCGAAAGGUAUGGCUUCUCAGCAGCCCUAGUGUAAAAUCUGCGAUGCUAGCUCGUGCUGGUACAGAGAUGCGAGCAGGGAUCUCUACUCCACCGAGCAUUGGUGACGCAGAUGUGAAACCAGUACCACCUCUGCUCGAUGCAGCUCGCGGUGCCCGCCACCACUCGCACGCUCCCUCUUCAAGCCUGCACGCGCCAGUGCCUGUGAGGUACCCCAACUACGACCUUCUCACUGGUUCGCCGUUGGACUUGCGCGAUUACGACGCCGCCGCCAGGGGCUUCCGCGUGUCCUCUCGCUCUCCACCAACGUCGAGGUCAACUAAGCUGUUUCUUUGCCCUUCCCGGACAGCGCAACCACCACCUGCGCAGGACUGCGGUGUGAAAGUGAUGCAGGGCGCUACACCUCAGAGCGAGAGUGACCCGUUCUUCUUUGCUGCUCUCUCGCAGCAGGUGGCGUGGAUCCGUCUAUCCCCGACUUGCAGUCCGCCCCGACUUCACGUAGGCGCUUCAUCUGCAUCGGCGCCGAUGGCUGCCCCGGGCAUGGGCCCGGUGUCAUGGCAGUUACCUAAUGCGUUGCACAGCUGCUACACAAUGCCCGACUCUCUUGCAGAUGCCCCUCAGCGCCGGCUGUGUAACGGAACAACGCCAGCGGCGCAGGCAGCCACCCCCAGGACUAGUGUUGCUUCGUCUAGAGCGACCGCACAGCACCUACCGUCGUUGCCGCAGCCGCCCGUUGCAAGUGUGUCGGUGCCGCAGCAAGAGUGGUGGACAGGGUUUUUCCUGCAUGACGCCCCCCACUGGUGGCGGCGUGAGGUGCUUCAAAGUGAGCAGCAACGAUGGGCAGCGAAGAGGAUUUGCAAAGGCAAGCACGCAGCGUCAGUGGGGCGGGGGCACGAGCGCGACGCGGAGCGCAUCGGGACUACGGAGGAGGUCGCACGAAUCCUAUCGUUUCUUCAGGAAGAGUGUCGUGUUCCGCUGCCUCCGAUAAACGCCUCCGAUAAUGCAGCUGCUGCGGCAUGCCCGUCUCAAGACACGCCUGGGUUGACGUCAGAGCCCUCGCCGCCUGUAGAGGUGACGCAGAAGAGGACAACUUUGCCGCCGCAAGUUUGCGUGCUUCGACUGGCACCUGUUGCACCUGUGCUGCGCCGCCCCCAUCGAUUAGUGAGGCGUGACGAGCAGGGCGUGCAAAGGCACCGCUGGGCGCCCACCGAUGCUCUGGGGUUGGAGCUGCAGUGGUUCCUUGUGCCUGAUACGGCCACUGCGACGGUGAACACUUUCUUCUCUCUGCAGGACGUGUCGGACCACGUUGAAGCAUCUGGGACGGCUACAGGUGCGUCGCCACCGACCUCGUUGGCCGACCGUGCGGUGCUCUUUUACCUUGAAGUCAAGGCUGCAUUGGAGUUACUGCGGCGAAUAACGCACCGAGCGACUGCCUGGGAAGGCCCAUUCGACGACGAAAAAGGCCCUUUGGCACCCCCAUCCUCACCUCCUGCCUGGUGGGAGCAACUGAGCAACUUCUACGAUGCCAAUACGUUUCUAUCAGAAGAAGCCGCACCCCCGACAACGGUCUCGACGACGGACAAGGGCAAUAAAGUCAGCGGUGGCGACGACAGUGGCGGCGAGAUCGAGACAACCCACAGUGAUGCUGACGCGAAGGAGAAUGCCGUGCCAGCCUUCUGCCACCCUACAGUGGCAGCAGUUGUGCGAACAUGUGUGCGACUGAUGCUGCAAUGCGGAGGACCGGCACACCACCGCCACACGAGCGCCUUCCCCAUCACCCUUGACAGCGGCGGCAGUGAGGAUAGCACUGCUUCGUCAGAAGCCAUUGCGGUAUGGUCACGCACGGACUACGAUGCUCUUCUUCGCACCGCACUCAUCACGCCAGCAGAGGCCGCUGUCAUGCCUUCCUUGACACCCCGCCUACGCAGCGCUGCAGCGGACGGCGACGGGGACGAGAGAGGAGGGAACGCAGAGACCGAUGAGGAGGGGGCUGAGGAGGCAGCACCAGACCGUGAGGAUCAUUGUGUGACACGCGCAGAGCAUGACAGCGAAAGCUCACGUGGCGAGUUCGCAGUCAAGCAAGAGACACAAAGGAGAUGCACCGCUAGCUGUGGCGCGGCAGCAUCUACGCGAGAUCAUGGGACGAGCAUUAGGUACGUCAGUUCAUCAGCUCAAGGGGUGCAGCGGUCAUCAUCGACGUUAUCAUGCUUACCAUACGGCGUGGAGGUGUACGAGUACGACGAGUCCGGUACGCGGCAUGAGACGCGCGUUAGUCACGGGGGCCCCACUUUAUCUCUGAACGACACACAGGCUCUAGCGAAUGCACCGGAGGACUGUUCAGAUACGCACCUCUGCCCUCUUCAUGACCGGUCAGCUGUGGAUCGCCGCCUCCUACUUGGACGCAACUACCGCCUCAGCGAGGCCCCUCAGCCCCGCAAAACACCUGGCGACACUGGCGCUGUGACGGCUGCCUGUCCUGCCUCUUCCAUCGCCACCUGUGUCACCUCGAGCGGAAAGCCUCUGCAGGCACGACAGCUGAGCGUAGCGUGCGUCCUCUCCAUCUCGGCAGCCUGCAAGGAAGCCUUGCGAAAAGGUGGGGAUGUCGGGGCACACGACGGGCCACCAGCGCUGUGCCAGCUGAACAGCGCCGAACUGCUUGUUCAAAAUGAGAAAUCGGUGUGCUCAGGGGGUUUUCAAGGCUGCGCCGACGGUGCCUCGCUGAGAGCGCCAAACGCGGAUGGCGUGUCGCCGACACUAUCGUCUGCAUCGCCGUUCCCUCCGCUGGACGUGAUAGGUGCCUUGAUAGCGGAGGAAAAAGACCAAUUCAAUACUCAGUGGCGACCGUGGCUGCGAUACCUGCCUCGACCCACGAUGCAGGACAACACGCUGCCUACAAAUGCUCAGCCCACAGGGCCACAGAUGCACAUGUCCCGCGUGUUUCCCUUUCUGAAGUCAUCGGCGGCCUCCGAGUAUUGCAUUGACUCUCCUUUAAGAGCUGAGGCAACCUCAGACCAAGACGGCGCUGGAGAGCAACACAUCGAAAACUCAGCCCCGCCAGGAGCCGCGGCACAAUCGGAUGGCGCGGUGGCUGUCCUCGACUUGGGGCUUUGCGUAUUGCAUGUGCGGCGUACUGACGUAUACGUGAACGCUGCCAACUUGGUCUACAAGGCGACGGGCAUGAAGGAACAAUAUCACUGA